AUGGGUAACAUGCGUCAAGGUAUGUUCCCGACUUGUCAUCAAAGCAGCAGACUUUUUCUGGUGGAAGGCGACGAAAGUGUUGAGCAGCAAGAUACCACAGAUGACAACGAAAUCAAUCCAGUCACCCAGACCGACAGCCAACAGGGCGGCAACCUGAAUAUGGACGGCAAAGUUAUCCAAGCAGGUCGUUUUGAUAACACAUCCUCCGAGACAGACCGUGACGCCAUGCUUCGAACUCUCCUGGAAACUGCCGAUAUGGCUGAGUCUGGCGAGCAUGAAGAGAUGGAAGACGAAGAGCUCAACAUGUUACCUACCCGUAACGAUGACGAACUCGUCACCUUUCAGAAGCUUUGUCCCCUUCGGCAAAAAGAGCCAACGCAGCAGCCGGUGAUGCGAUUGAGUGAUAUAUGGAGAAGAAGAAAAAAGAACAAGUGCUCGGACUUGGCCUUGGAUGAUUUGCGAUACACAAUUAGCAAAGUUAUUGAUGUUUUCGUGCAAACUUGCUCUUCGGAAGGCUAUGGGCAAAUGAUGCCUAGUAUAUCCCUGGAAGAAGAAUUCAUUCCACCAUUUGCUUGCGCCGUUAAGCUAGGAGAUGCCAACCUAGUGCGGCUACUGCUUUGGAACGAAGCGAAUGCCAAUGUCGGAUACCGUGACCUCUAUGCCUGUCUCAUGGUAAAGGAUGUCAAGUUUGGGGGCGCAUUCUUCCUCGCCCAUCUCUAUAAGGCUGUCAAGAAGAGAUCGCCCCUCAUAUGA